AUGGAAAAACAGAUGUUUGGACGUGAAGCAGCAAAGGUGUUGGACUACGUAGAAUGCUUCCCUGAUGGAUACAGGAAAGGAGUAAAAAUAGCUGAGGCAUGUGCAAACGUUGCAAUUGAAGGGUUUCCAACGUGGGUGAUUAAUGGUCAGGUUUUGAGUGGAGAGAAAGAAUUGCCCGAGCUUGCCACACUAUCGGGAUUUGAAUUUGAAGAUUUGAGCAAAUCAAACUAA